AUGGCGCUCUUCAAGAACACCCUCGAGCCCGUGCAGAAGGUGCUGGCCGACUCCAAGCUCAAGAAGGCCGAGAUCGACGAGAUCGUCCUCGUCGGCGGCUCCACCCGCAUCCCGAAGGUCCAGCAGCUCAUCAAGGACUUCUUCGGCGGCAAGGAGCCGAACCGCCGGAUCAACCCCGACGAGGCCGUGGCCUACGGCGCCGCCAUCCAGGCCGCCGUUCUGACCGGCGAGAGCGAGCUCGGCGGGAAGGUCGUCCUGGUCGACGUCAUCCCGCUCUCGCUCGGGAUCGAGACGGUCGGGGGGGUCAUGACGACCCUCAUCGAGCGCAAUACGCAGAUCCCGACCAAGAAGGGCCAGGUCUUCUCCACCUACGCGGACAACCAGCUCGGCGUCCUCGUCCAGGUCUUCGAGGGCGAGCGCCAACUCACCAAGGACAACCGGCUGCUCGGGAAGUUCGACCUCUCGGGGAUCCCCCCGGCCCCGCGCGGGGUCCCGCAGAUCGAGGUCACCUUCGACGUCGACGAGAACAGCAUUCUGCAGGUCAGCGCGGUCGACAAGUCCUCCGGGCGCAAGGAGGAGAUCGUCAUCACGAACGACAAGGGCCGCCUCACGCCGGAGGAGAUCGAGGCGAUGGUGCAGGAGGCCAAGCGCUUCGAGGAGGAGGACCGCAAGGUCCGCGAGCGCGUCGAGGCGAAGAACGCCCUCGAAAGCAUCGUCUAUUCCCUGCGGAACCAAAUCAACGACAACGAGAAGCUCGGUGGGAAGCUGGACGCGAACGACAAGAAGACCAUCGACGACGCCUUGAAGGAGGCGAUGAAGUUUAUCGAUGAGCACCCCGAUGUCGAUCUGAAGGAGUACGAGGAGGCCCAGGAACGCCUACAAUCGAUCUCCAAUCCGAUUAUUCAGAAAGUUUACGCCGCCGCCGGGAAGCCGCCUGGGGGCGCCAGCGAUGCCGAUUCCAUGGAUGAUCUUUAA